AUGUUUAUAAAACGUCUAGAGUUUAAUUUUGUGGGCAAACUUCUAGGACCUAAGGGUAAUUCCAUGAAGCGUCUUCAAGAAGACACGAUGACAAAGAUGGCUGUGCUAGGACGAGGGUCCAUGAAAGACAAGCAGAAGGAGGAGGAGCUGCGCCUGUCCAUGGACCCCAAGUACGCCCACCUGAGCGACGACCUGCACGUGGAGAUCGCGGCGUUCGCGCCGCCGGCCGAGGCGCACGCGCGCAUCGCCUACGCCCUCGCCGAAGUGCGCAAGUACCUCAUCCCGGACUCCAACGACGAGAUCCGCCAGGAGCAGAUGCGCGAGAUGGAGCUGCUGAUCCAGACGGUCCCCGGCGGCUGGGACGCGCGUCGCGGAUCUGGCGGCGCGGUGCGCGGCGCCGGAGGCGGCCGCGUGGGAGGCGGCGCGGGGGCGCGCGGCGGGCGCGGCGGGCGGCGCGCGGAGCCGGCGGCGGCUGAAGGAGCGCGGCGCGGGGUGCCGGCGCCCGCCGCCUGCCCCCCUGCGCGCGUUCCGCGCCGCUCGAUCGGCUGCUGA